AUGCAUAUCCAGGUGCUUUUCCCUGUUACCCGGCAUAGACAUCUCAGAUUUAUCGUUUGUCUAUUAAUUGUGUUAUCACUUACCAUCGUUGAAGAAGUAAAUGUCGGAACUGCUUUCAUUGCUCUAAUGAAUUAUUAUGGACACGAAGUUUCUAUUCCGAUCCAGAUCAGGAGAGGUGCCAACACAGCAAUAUCUAUUGUGGUAGUGGUGCAGUAUGCUUCGAACAAAGAACAGUACAGAGAGGCACAAGACACUGUGCAGUGCUAUGCCCUGCACCAUCGCUAUCCGCUCCACGUAAUUGUUGUUGAGGAAAACACCACUCUGUCUCGCACUUGUCCUCAAAAUGAUUUCAUGUUCCAACGUCACUGUGUUGUAGCCCAUCUAAUUUUUGCAUGGCCAGAGGAGUGGUUCCUGUUUUUGGAUGCAGACAUGGCUAUCAUAAAUCCAAACCAUUUGAUUGAAGAGUACAUUCCUAGUGAUCCAACAGUUCAUGUCGUCUUUUAUAAUAGGAUAUUCAAUCAUGAAGUCAUGGCUGGUUCUUAUCUUAUUCGAAAAUCUAAUUAUUCACGGAAUUUCUUAAUUCACUGGAGCGAUUACGAGUACAAACUGCCUAGCAGUUUUCACGGAUCUGACAAUGGAGCACUUCAUAGCGCCAUUGUUUCGUACGAACAACCUCUUCAAGAAAACUCACGCAAACGUUGUGAAAGUUUCUGGGCGACUUCUAAAGAUUACGAUUCCUUGUCAAUAUAUGAGGUCUGUAUGCAAUUGAUCCUAGCUUCAAACUCAUUGCAACAUAUCCUCAUCUUGCAAAAAGGAACAGCAUGGGCUCGCGAUGGUUGGUUAACGAAUUCUGUUUGGUGUGAUAAAGAUUUUAUACUACAUGGUUGGCAGAAGAGGAGGAAGGACAAAAUGAGCUUUGCUCGAUGGCACUCUCCAGUUGUUGACGGGUACUGGGACAAAGCUCUUUGCGGAACACCACAUGCACAUCUUAAUUGGAGAUACAAGGAUAGUUUCAUUGCAUCGGCAGAGGCAAUCCAGAUGAGACUAGAUAAAGCCAUCAGAAAUGUUCGCGGCAACUUUGAAGGGAUCCAGGUGGUUUUAGAACGGGCUAAUGGUGCUGAGUCUUAA